AUGGUUGGCAAGAGUGACUACGAUGAACUUGUUGGCAAACUGACGCAGGCACAGAAUGUCGCACGUGAGCUUGAGAACCGCGCGAAUGAGUUGCAGAAGACAAUGAGGGAUGUUGAGGCAAAGUAUGCGGCCCUGUUGGAAGUAGCUGAAUCAAGGCAUGUUGCUGCGAAAGAGAGGUGCGAGCGUCUUGUUGCGCGAGAAGUGGAGUUGGUGGAUGAGAUGGAGGCGAAAGACGUGAAGAUAUUGGGUCAGAAGAGUGACCUUGAGGCUAUGCGCGUGACGGCGGCUGAAACCCAAGUGAAGCUGCGGAGUCUGAAUCGUCGAAUGAUGGAGUGGGAGAAGGGCCGGAACUCGAGGCGCUCAUCUGCCUCGGACAUGAAGGAGAAGGCUCGGAAGUAUCCAGAGCUUAAAGCCAUUGUCUUCAAGCUGAAGUCGCGACUGCGUAAACGAGCUGAAUUGCUGAAAAGCAUCAUGAAGGAGAAUAGAUGCCUGCGACGAAUUGUUCACGAGAACGAAAGGCCCGCCAAGGGGUUCCUUGAGAAGUUGGAGCGACUGCGUAGACGGAUAGUGGAGAAGAGAGGUGCCAUUAAGAAGCUGGAGGCGGUGGUACGUUCGCUACCUGUUCGUCAUGUUGGCGCGAGGCCGUGUGACGACGACGCGCCACCUGAAACCCACAAAUCUCCAAGACGUGCUUGA